AUGGGUACUGUGGCUGGAGGCGAUAGAGACCACGAGCCGCAAUUCACGCGUCCGAUUGGCAAUUUGACCGCAGCAGUUGGGCGGGAAGCCGUGCUAGCUUGCACCGUCGAUCAUCUUGGCAAUCACAGGGUAGGCUGGCUUCGAGCCGAGGACCAAACAGUGCUGAGCCUCCACACGAGCAUGGUCUCACACAAUCCUCGCAUCACGCUUACGCACGACAACUACCAGUCGUGGCAACUGCACAUCAGGCAGGUCAAGGAGUCCGACAAAGGAUGCUACAUGUGCCAGGUCAACACCAAGGUCAUGAAGAAGCAGAUCGGAUGUUUGGAUGUGCAUGUUCCACCGGACUUCUUGGUGGGUGACACGAGUGGAGAUAUGGCCGUGCAAGAGGGAGACAACGCAACUAUGAUAUGCAAGGCCACCGGUAAUCCACAGCCAAGGGUGACCUGGAAGAGAGAGGAUGGCCAGAAGAUUCUGCAGAGGAGAGGUCUCAGAGACACCGUCGAAGUGGACAUCCUGGCUGGGGAGGAGAUGCACUUCUGGAAGGUAGACCGGCGGCAAAUGGGGAGCUACUUGUGCAUUGCGAGCAAUGAAGUACCCCCGGCAGUCAGCAAGCGCGUUUACCUGGCCGUCAACUUUGCUCCGGUGAUAAAAGUGCCAAAUCAACUGCUGGGUGCUCCCCUCUACACCACGGUAACACUGGAGUGUCACGUCGAGGCUUUUCCUAACACCAUCAACUAUUGGGUCAAGAACAGACAGGAAAUGCUACUGAAUGGCUCGAAGUAUGCAGUAUGGGAAAAUCAGACCGGGUAUUACAAGGUUGUGAUGUGGCUGAGCAUACUGACAUUCAGGCCAACUGACAUAGGCACAUACAACUGCAUUUCCACCAACAGUCUUGGCAAAGCAGAAGGCACGCUGCGUUUGUAUGGUUUGGCAGACACCAGCGCCAGUGAGAGCUCCAAGUCGAAGAGUACAACCACGGUUGAAUCCAGCGCUGCAAGUCUCCAAUUCAGCCCAUCAAUCAUCGCUCUCGCAUUGGCUAUCGCUUUCCUUCAACUCUGCCGCCAUAUUCCGCUGAAACUAAGCUGACAAUUAUUGACACAACACCAGGCAAAAAUACACGCUGAAUCGAAAACGGAUUGAAUCCCAAUGGUCUUGGUGAACAAUCCUACCAGACUGGAUAGGGAUGGAUCCUUCCUGGACAGAAUAAAACUGUCCGAGAUUCGAAUGUCUUGCUGGAAGUAUUAUUCAUGUGAUUUUCAUUUCCAUUCAUGGAAUCUCGUGGAGGAUUUAUGUAAUUUAAAUAUUGAAUAAGUGUGUCAAAUAUGAAAUAUACCCCUGAUAAACAAUAGAGUCCUAUUUGAUGUGAUUUGAUUAAUUACGGUAUGCAGUUUCAUAAUAUAACUAGGUAAUUUUUUAUUGUGAGAUGAAUAUUUUUCUGUUGAUUGGAGAUUUUCCAUUUUUUUCUCAUGAGAGAUGGAUUUCAAAUAAAAGACGGAAUACUUCUCAGUGGAUUUCUAUAAAGUUGUCCAUAUCAAUAUGAAUUUGAACUCUACUUAUAUGAAUAGCUUUUAAUAUCUUUAAAAUACUUCAUAUCAUCUGAAAUAUCAUAUCAAGUGGAACAUUGAACGUUUGAAAGGUAUUCAUCUCCUUCCAAGAAUGUGUUAAGCGACUUAUCCAAAUUGAAAUCUUUUGUAUGUUUCUGGGAAAAUUAUUUUGGUAAAUAGAGAAGAAUAUGCAAAGUGUUUGAUGAUUGAAUCAUCAUUAUACUUUCAAUUGUUUUUCCAUAGUACGGUUCGUGAAUACAACAUUAUCUCUCAUUUAUAAUGUGAGCUACAAAUAGCCUAAUAGUAGGCUAUAAAGAUUGAAAAAAUGAAUGAAUUCUAUUGAUGAUGGAAUGAAUAUUCUUUGAUUAAUGAAAUCUUUUUGUGCCAAUCCUCUUCCGUGCCGGAAAUGUAUUUAGAAUAUUCAGUGCCAUGAAGAGGUAACAGAAGUUGAUCUUUGUGAAGAAUAUAUUUUGCAAAAGAAAAAAAAGGCUUCUCACAUAGUUAUUGAUCACAACAGGCCAGAGACCACCUAAUACUAGAAUAUAAUUUACAGUUUAGAUAAGUUGUUCUCUGAACAUUGAGAUUGAUAUUUGUGACAAUUCUAUGUUAUAUCAGAGACAAGAAAUAUAUGCUUAUCAAAUAUCUAUGGUUAUAUAUUAUGUAGUUUAGAAUCACACAUGUAUUACAAUGGAAAUCAAUAAUAAUUUCUGUAUUGAAUCGGAAGGAGGUUUCUGUGAACUAACAGCCUGUAGGUAGGCCUAUGGUUUCAAAUGUUGAUUAGAGACACCUCAGAGUUAUGUUAAUAGGAGGCAUUUGAUGUUAAUAACACAACCUUAGUAAAAUAAGAAGAAUCAGUUCAAAUUCUAGUCAGAACAUUACUUCCUUCUGUAUUUCACCUCAAUCCAAGAAUACCAUGUAAAAAUACAUAAUGAAUACCAAUAACGUUGACGCAGUUGUCAACAAAAUUUGCUUGAAGCAACUUUUAUAUUUCAAGAUCAUUUUCCAAGUAUUUAAAGCAAUUUAGCUUAUUUGACAGAUCAAUAAUGUGUUGUUCAAUGUUCAUGAAUUAGUGAUAUAAUAUCAACUCAACUCCUAAAUUAAGAAGUGAAUAAAUUAUUGAAUAUUUUAUAUUUUUAAGUACUGUAUCUCUUUCGAUUUUUAGAGAGAGAAGUAUUAUUUUAAUUUGUGUACAUAGUUCGUCUGUACGCUAAGAGCUAAUCGAAAUAAUGAUAUUAUUAUCACCUAUCCGGAAAAAAAACAAUUGUUUUUCUUUAAUAUCAUCCGACAAUGUUAGAAUGAAUUCCGCAACUUAUUGUAAUGAAAUAUUAUCAACAUGAAGAACCGAAUCCUUGUUCUAGAUAUUUCUAUGAAUUUUGGAUAACACUAUUCCAUUCAUUGUACUAAAUUGUCUUCAUAUGUUAAUAAAAUAAUUUUGGCUAGAAAUUUGGCUUGU